AAAAAAAAAAAGUGUUUUAUGUAGUGCAUUGAGUUAAACAAUGUUGAAUUUGAAUUGCGUUAUUUGCGCCGAACUCUUCGCACAAUCUGAUGAGGUGUACGUCACCAUCUGUGGCCACUUGUUCCAUCACAACUGCCUCAACCAAUGGCUGGAUCGCUCCAAGACAUGCCCCCAGUGCCGCAACAAAUUCACCACCCGGCACAUUUGGCGCGUCUACUUCAAACUGGCUAAUCUGGACGUUAGUCGGAUCGAUGUUGGCUCACUGCAGGAGCAGCUUGACAACGCAAAUCUAGCCGUGAAAAUCUAGGAGGAGUUCAACAAGGUGGAGCAGCAACUAAAGGAGCUGAAGGAUACGCAAAAGAAGUGCCUCAAGACCAUCCCUGGUCUCGAACAGAAGGGGCAGAAGAAGGAGUUCCUGGUUAGCAGCUACGUGGAACAGAUUAGCCUCUUUAAGAGCGAAGCCCAAUUGCUAGAUGGCUUGCGCAGGGAGAACAAGUCUCUUAAACUCCAAGUCCAAUCAAAGGAAGGUGUUUCGGCCAUUCUGGCUGCUAGUUCUGUGGAUGCUGAGCUUCUGCUCAAGAAUGAGGCCAAUCAUUAUGUCCUGGCAAGCUGGGUUUCCACACUAAAGCGGGAGCUGCGGCAGUGCGAGAACAAGAAGACGGAGCUUCGAAACGUAAUUAAGCUGGUGCAGAAUGAUUUGCGCAAGGAAAUCGACCUUAAGCGUACGAUGGAAGAGCGGAUUUCGCAUCUGGAGAGCGAUCUCUACCAGAACCAGGAGAAGCUUCUUGCUUUGGAACGGGAUCAACCGACCAAUGUGGAUUCGCACAACAGCUCGACCGGUCUGAACAGCAACAUUAUGGCGCUGAAGCGUGAUGAGAAGCGUGUCACCAUUUCGCCCACAAUUAAGGAAAACAUCAAGCGCAUUGAAGAGUCGAAUUCCCCAUACCUCAACAUCAAGUCCAGCAGCGUGGGGCUGAGUCACCUUCUGAAUACCAAGUGCAGCACUGGACUCAGCAGCAUAUCUCCUAUAAUGAGUGGUGCCUCCGGUGUGAGUAUGGCCAGCGGCACCGUACGCAAAACUAGCAGUGGUCGUAGUUCAAAGUACACGAUAUUCAAGAAACCGCGACUGCUGUUGGGCUCAGGCAGUUCUGGGGUGGCGGCAACCAUGGGCUCAAACUUUGUGUACCUUUGGCCAGGAAUGUCAACCAGCGCCUGA